AUGUCGACCACCAAGGGGCGUGUUGACAAUUACCCGACCCUUAGUCUUCCCAUUGACUCGAUGAAAGAGGAAUAUGACGUUGUCGUCGUCGGAUCUGGCUAUGGAGCAGGAGUCGCAGCGAGCCGAAUGGCUCGCGCGGGAAAGAGCGUUGUAGUGCUAGAACUUGGCUGGGAAAGGAAACCCGGUUCGUUUCCGAGAACAUUCUCGCAAUGUGUGAGGGAGAUGGGCGUUUCUGGAAGGUCUUCCAGGACUUCGGUUCUCUCGAAGUGGCUAUCGUUUGAGGACCCAACCCAACUGUUUCAGCUUUUCUUGGGCGAUGGACAGCAUGCUUUCUCUGCGCAUGUGUGCCAUAUUGAAGGGCUUGGAGGUUGCUCGUUAAUAAAUGCUGGUGUCUUUCUCAGGGCCGAUGAGGCAACAUUGAAAAUGAGCCCAUGGCCAUCAGAAAUCAGAGAUACCCCAUCAGAACUAAAUGAGUAUUACGCGCGUGCCGAAGCAACGCUACAACCACUUCCAUAUCCCAAGAACUACCCUAAACUGAAAAAGCUAGAGCACCUCCGACGAGAGUCGAAAUUACUGGGAAAGAGCAAAAGCUUUUAUCAAACACCUCUGACCAUAUUCUUCCAUGAUGGUCAGAACAGUACGGGUGUUCCAAUGCAAGCAAACCGUGGCUCUGGUCAUGAAUCUACAGGUCUUAAUGAUGGAUCCAAGAAUUCUGUGGCUGUAACAUAUCUUGCAGAUGCCUGGAAUUGGGGCGCUGAGAUCUUUUGUGGAUGUGAGGUCCAGUACGUGGAACGGUCUGCAGAUGGAGCCGGAUACACAGUCUAUUUCUCGUGGCAUGGUCCCGGGAGGUCGACUUUCAAAGAUGAGUUCAAGGAGCAACUGUUCUGGGUCAAAGCGAAGGAAUUUUGCUUCCUAGGAGCGGGUUCUUUAGGUGCGACUUCCAUCUUGCUAAAAUCAAGGGGAAACGGUCUACCAAUGUCUCCACUCGUUGGGAGGAAUCUUUCCGGAAAUGGCGAUCUGUUGCUAUUUGGUUACAAUGGACGCAACGAAAUCAAUGGCAUUGCUCGAGAUUCCCUUUCUCGUCGAACCGAUCUAUCCGGACCAACUGUGACUGGUGUGAUUGAUAAUCGAGUCAAUGGGGCCUCGAAGAACCCUCUAUCGGGGUUUGUUAUCCAAGACGGUUGUAUUCCGGAGCCAUUCAAUCCUGUCAUCAACAUGAUGCUCCUAAUGCAGACGAUAAAGAGUCACGCCCUGUCCCUACUCGUGAGCCCUCGACGCGGAGCGUUCGAAGUAUUGGCUUCUAUGAAAUCAUUCUUGCUAGGACCCUACGCUAUCGGUGGAGCGCUGCAACGAACUUCAACAUAUCUUAUUAUGUCUCAUGACAGUAACGAGAUAACUCUCACGCUGAAGGAUGGUCAGAUCCACCUGCGUGCACCGAAAGAAGGUCGAUCGGGACAUUUUCUGUUAAUCACUGGGCUUUUGAAAGAGCUAUUCAUUUUCACGGGAGCUAAAAUGGGAUUCUCCUACUUCUAUGGUCGACAUCAGGAGGAAGUCACGGUUCAUCUUCUAGGUGGGGCCAAUAUGAGUUGCGAUGGUACGGGAUACGGAGGUGUUACAAAUCAUCUAGGAGAGGUGUUUACCGGCUCUGGUGACAAAGUGUACGAGGGGCUCGUUUGCUGCGAUGCUUCAGUCAUUCCAACUGCAUUAGGAAUUAACCCACUCGCAACGAUCUCGGCACUUUCCGAGCGAUCGCUCAGCCUGAUCACCAAGCGAGCUGGUCUCACAAUUGAUCUUGAAAGCAAGAACGGCAUUCUUGAAGCCGAGAGCAAACCUAAAGUAUCACGAAAUCGCCGCGAUCCUCAAAUUGGGAUCCGACAAGGAUUUAAAUCAGCAGGUUGGCAAUUCACCGAGAAUCUAUUCGGUUAUUUCAGUGACAAAGGAGAACGAGACUCCGCAGUGUCUGAGGGUUUAGGCAGAGGAAGCUCUUGCGCAAUGCGAGUUUUGGCUACCAUUGAGCUUUGGCGUCAAAAAGAAGGACUACUCCGGUCACAAUAUCAAGGUACAUGCUCUGGGACGGUUUCAUGUCGGGCUUUGUCCAAAGCCACGCUCCGAAUUAUCAAUGGAACUGUCGACUUUUUCAACCCUCUUACUGAGAGCGCUGAAGCGUCUGCCAUUACAUACCACCUAGAUCUGGCCUCGGUAGAGGGUGUCCAUUACCAUCUCGAGGGGCGCAAAGUCAUCGACUCGAACAUUGCAUUUUCCUUCAGCAAAGCGUGGCAAGCAACAACAACCAUCGAUGUCAAUGUCACCAAACACGAUGGCACCAAGGUUGGAUCAGGCGUCCUUCAUAUCUCAUUGGCAAACUUCCAGAAGCAAAUGAGAACCUUCCGAACCACGAAAUCCUUUAGCAGGGGUCUUUUCUUUGCUUUGAUUGGAUUCUUCAUAUCUUUCUUAUAUCAUAUCAGUCUCUACUUUUUCCGCCCAUUCGUUCCAAUUCGUUUCCCCGAAAUUCCAACCGCACAGAUCAUCCACUCAAAGCCGCCAGCGUCAUCUUCAGUUAAAAUCAAAGCACGCGAUGGCGUACAUACAUUCUUGGAAAGAUAUGAGCCAGUUCCAUCACAAGACCAAACGGACUCGACGAACAGCUUGAGCCCAGCCCCAAUUCUAUUCUUGCCGGGGAUUACUGGAACUUGGGCAAAGCAUAAUGUGUUUGCACUUCCAUUCUUACGCCGCAACUUGGUCGAUUAUUUCACUAAACGCGGGCAUCGCUGCUACGCACUGACUCCCCGUUGGAGCUGUGAUCCCAGCGUGGCUGAGAAGUCAACGGUUUUCGACUGCCGUCUCGACGUUGCGGCAGCGGUGCAAUACAUUCGAGACAACGAGGCCCAGAAGCCCUACGUAAUAGCACAUUGUCAGGGCUCAGUUGCUCUCUGUAUGGCUCUACUCGACGGCACGAUUAGACGUGAUCAAAUUCUCGGGGUGACUGCGAACUCAGUGUUCAUGCACCAAGUGUUUGGUUACUGGAACUGGGUCAAAGGCAGAACAACUCUUAUCAUCCAGCUCUAUGAAACUCUCGCUGGAAGUUGUUUCCCAAUUGCGAGCAGUCCAAGUGAUGGCAUCCUUCAGAGAAUUCUUGACCAGAUUCUCCGCUUCUAUCCCGUCGGACACUCGCGCGAUGUUUGCACUUCAACGGCCUGUCAUCGAACUUCUUUCGCAUUCGGGUUACUAUGGAACCACGAAAAUCUCGAUGUCACCAUCCAUGAUAACGUCCAUGAAUUCUUCGCAAGUACAUACACGAAGUUAAUGAAACACUUGGUGCGCAUGGGAACAAAAGGGAUCUGUUUGGAUAACGAUCUACGCCCGCUUCUCACGACGCAGAGCUUGCAACGACUACGAGGACUGCCGAUUUUGUUCAUCUCGGGUACUGAUAAUCAAGUCUUUGAUCCGGAAUCUACACUCAAGGACUACGAGCUGUUGCGACGACAAUUUGGAGAGAAGUUUUAUCGCAGGUUUUUGGCGGAGGGAUAUGGACAUCUCGAUCCCAUUGUUGGGAAAUCAGCUGCUGAGGAUACGUAUUGGAGGAUGCUGGCCCAUAUGAAAUGGUGCACUGAGAAUGAUGGCGCUUCAACGGCUAAAUGA